GCGGCGUUGGGGCGUGGCUGGAAGGGGCGGAGCCUGGACUCCCCUGCUGCGCCGCCAUUGGCCGCGCCCGCUGUCACCCGGCAGUAGUUGUAAAGGUCAGCCCCGCCCCUUCCUCUUUCUCUCCGAGCAGGCGGCGGCGGCGGCGCAGGGGUGUUUAGCCAUGGCCAAAAUUAAGGCUCGGGACCUUCGCGGCAAGAAGAAGGAGGAGCUGCUCAAACAGCUGGACGACUUGAAGGUGGAGCUGUCCCAGCUGCGCGUAGCCAAAGUGACAGGCGGCGCAGCUUCCAAGCUUUCCAAGAUCCGAGUUGUUCGCAAGUCUAUCGCCCGUGUUCUUACCGUCAUCAACCAGACUCAGAAGGAGAACCUCAGGAAAUUCUACAAGGGCAAGAAGUACAAGCCCCUGGACCUGCGGCCCAAGAAAACCCGCGCCAUGCGCCGGCGGCUCAACAAGCACGAGGAGAACCUCAAGACCAAGAAGCAGCAGCGGAAGGAGCGGCUGUACCCCCUCCGGAAGUACGCGGUCAAGGCCUGAGCAUCGGCGUCAAUAAAGCACAAUCUGGCUG